CAAUCCAUAAACUCCUCCCUCCGUCAUUCUACACUCAAACACAGUCAUCCAUGCUUAGUGUUGGUAGGACCGACUUAUGCGUGCAGCAACAUACAGUACCGCGUAUUUUUUAGUAAAUGGGUAUUUUUUAUCUAAAAUCAUCUAUACUGUUGCCAGGAGCCUGAACCGGAAAGACACCGAAGUGGAAAAGAAAACCUGUUGGGUUUCAUCCAGAGACUAUAAAAAGGUUUCAUCUGACGUUGACGCAGCGGUUUAUGCUUUACAAAAAAAAGAAAAAAAAAAAGAAAACCUUCAUUGUCGGCUUCUUUAAAACUAGGAUACAAAGCUGCAGCCGCCGUGCAUUUAUAUGUCAAACAGCGGCAUGAAAAUAGGACGGCGGUUCUUUGUGAAACGUUAUGCUGGACUACAACAAAGGACCAACGACGACAUCUGCCGACACCAAAAUCAACAAUAUAACUGUCAACAACACCACGGGAAGAUACGUAGCAGCGAUGUGAAGAGUUUGCCCGUUUGGAAAACAAAUUAGAUGGCUGCUGAUAUCCAGUUAGCUUUACAGAACAGAAUAAGAUACCGAAACCACAGGCUGCCUCCUUCUAUAGGGCAUCCCCCACCCUGCAUAACCCAACCGAACACGUAUUUCCACGCUUUUGUGGUAAAGGAAAGGGGAUGGCGCUGGAGCAGAGGACAUGGUCUUGACUUCUUUAUCCUGACGUUUUUAUGUUCGGGGAGUAUUGUGUUUGGGUUCCGAGAAUAGAAAGGAAUCAGGAAAAUAUGAGAAUGCAUUUGUCACUAUUAAAAGUGUCUGGGGCAGGACGGGCGUGAUAUGGAGGUGGCCGGUCUGCCGGUGGAGCUGUGGCGGGUGAUUCUGGCCUACCUGCCCCUGCCGGACCUGGGCCGCUGCAGCCUGGUGUGCCGGGCGUGGCGGGAGCUCAUCCUCAGCCUGGACAAGACGCGCUGGCGCCAGCUCUGCCUGGGCUGCCCCGAGUGCCGCCACCCAAACUGGCCCAACCGCCCGCACCUGGAGCCCCCGUCCUGGAGGGAGGCCCUGCGGCAGCAGGCCCUGGCCAGCCGCACCUGGACCCGGAACGGGCCCGAGCCGGACUCGGCCGCCUGCCUCUACCUGUUCCGCCGCAAGAAGGACCGGCGGACGUGGCGCGUGGGGCCCGGGCUGGAGCACGAGACCCUGCGCGGGGCCCUCUCGGCGGCGGGGGCCUACGACCGGGUGGUCCUCCACCCCGGCGUGUACGAGGAGCAGACGGAGGUGGCGCUGAAGGUGCCCGUGGAGAUCGUGGGCAAGGGGAAGCUGGGCGAGGUGGCGCUGCUGGUUAGCAUCGAUCAGCAGUGCCCCACCGCCCGGCUCUGCAACCUGGUGUUCAUGCCGGCCUGGUUCUCCCCUGUGGUGUACAAGACAUCAUCGGGUCACGUUCAAUUGGACAACUGCAACCUGGAAGGGGGCCAGCUUCAGGUCCGGGGCCCUGGGACCUGCCAGGCCCGGUACUGCUCCUUCGGCCAGGCCAGCGGGGCCCACUUCCAGGGCGUGGCCCUCAGCCUGCUGGAGAGCUGCGACUUCUCCGGGAGCGAGACGGCCUCCGUCACCGUGGAGGGCCCGCCCGUCUCCGACCGCAACUGGGCCUGCCGGCACCUGGCCGCCUUGGCCAAGUCGUCCGCCGCUCCGUUUGCCACGGCCGCCGCCUCGGGGGCGGGGCCUGCUGCUUUGGGGGCGGGGCCCGCCGCGGCCGACUCGGACGCCGCCCGCCCCGAGAGGGCGGACGGGCUCCCCGGCGCCCUGCCCCUGGGCGUGGCCUCGACUCCGGAGGACCCGUGGAGGAAGGGGGGGCGCUGGUGCAGGGACGGAGGGGGGGCGGCGGAGGACUGCGGGGAGGGGACCGUGAUCGAGGACGGCUGCAGCGAGAGCGAGCCCAGCGAAGAGGAAGACGAAGGAGAGGGGGAGGAGGAGGAUGUUGACCAAGAGGAGGGCCGGGAAGCCUCCGGACCGGAGGCGUACAAGCUCUCCUACAGCCGCCACGGCCUGUCCCACCUCCUGGGGCCGUCCCGCGACUCCUCCUCCGCGCCCCCCGAGCCGUGCUCCCUCCAGCAGGAGCUCCAGAGGGACCGGGAGGCCCAGGCGCUGGCCGGCUCGGUCCAGGGCUGCCUGCUGCGACGCUGCCUGUUUCGGGACGGGAAGGGGGGCGUGCUGGUCUGCAACCACGGCCAGGCCUGGCUGGAGGGCAACGUCUUCCGCGGCCUGACCUACGCCGUGCGCUGCAUCCAGAACGCCAAGAUUGUCAUGCUGCGGAACGAGGUGUCUGGGUGCAAGGGGUCCGGCGUGUUUCUCCGCCUCUCCGCCCAGGGCCUCAUUGCCGAGAACAACAUCCACUCCAACGCAGAGGCCGGGCUGGAUGUCCGCAAGGGGGCCAACCCAAUCAUCCUGUGUAACAGAAUACACAGUGGCUUGCGUUCCGGAAUCGUCGUCCUGGGAAACGGGAAAGGUUCCAUCCGCAGCAACCAGAUCUAUGGAAACAAGGAAGCGGGCAUCUACAUCUUGUACAAUGGGAAUCCGGUGGUGAGUGGGAAUCACAUCUUCCAGGGCCAAGCAGCUGGUAUUGCCGUGAACGAGAAUGGGAGGGGCCUGAUCAUCGAAAACGUGAUCCGGGAAAACCAAUGGGGAGGUGUUGACAUCAGGAGGGGCGGCGACCCGAUUCUGAAGAACAACUUCAUUUGCCACGGCUACUCUGACGGAGUGGUGGUGGGAGAGAGGGGGCGGGGCGUCAUUGAGGGCAACCACAUCUACUGUAACAGGGGCUGCGGCGUGUGGGUGAUGUCAUCCAGCCUCCCCCAGCUCUCCAGGAACAGCAUCUCGCACAACCGCAUCUACGGCGUGGCCGUCUUCUGCCGCAAGGACAGCCAGGGUGGCGGGCGUGGCGACGGGUACCCGUCCGGGCAGGGGGCCGGGGGAGGGGCGGGAGGAGGGGCGAACGAGAACUUCAACGAGGAAGGGGAGCUGCUGGCCUGGGAGAGCGACCUGGACAGCGAGGACGAGCGCUUCUCGUCGCGGCGACCCGUCACCGUGGCGCUCGUGGAGGGCAACAGCAUCAGCAACAACGGAGCAGUGGGGCUGUACGUGAAGAGCAGCGAAGCCCUGAACGCCGUGGGCAACGUGUUGCGCGGCAACGGAGGCGCGGGCGUGGCCUUGCUCCAGAGCGCCCAGCUCUCCCGGCUCGUCGCCAACUGCAUCUGCGGCAACGGGCGCGCGGGCGUCACCGUGGCGGCCGGCUGCCGCGCCGAGCUGCGCGGCAACGGCAUCUACGACAACCGGGGCCCCGGCGUCAGCUCCCGCGGCGACGGGCAAAUCGUGGAGAACGACGUGGUGGGGAACCGGGGCUGCGGGCUACGGCUGAGGGAGUCCGCCGACAUCAAGGUGUUGAGGAACCGCGUUCAGUCCGCGCGCGGGUGUGGCAUCGUGGUGUUGGAGCAGGUGAAAGGGGUGGUGCAGGAGAACCUGGUGUUCCAAGGUUGGGCCGACUGCACCAAACCUCUGCUCCAUCGAGAUCCUGGCAACAACACCUGUGUGCUGCUCAACAACACCUUGCUAGCGCGUGGCAGAAAAAGUAACAGGCAGACAGACCCCCCUUGGGCCUUGGAGAACCCUCCUCCACGCCCCCAACCAGAAGGCCAGCCCACCAGUGCCCCCUCUGGCCCCCCCGCCCAACGUAGCAUCGCCAUCGCGACCAGGAUCACAGCCAGGGUGGAGAGCGGCUGCCAUAACAACGGCAGCAUCUUCUGCACCAUCCUUUGAGUUCUGCUGUCCCUUCCCAGUACGGUCGCACUCCCAAGGAGGAAUAGAGCCCCGCUGCAGUCCUUGUGCACUGAUGUGGAGCUACAGUAGGCUUCUGUGACCUCACAAACACCUUUGAACUCACCAGUCCUCUGAAAAUUCCAGAACAAAUCUGGGCCAUCCAGACCUUGGGUGUUUGCGUGAGGCCCGACUGUCUGGGUCACUGCCAAAUCUGACCAGGAAAGCCCCCCUGUGCCCAGUAAGAGUCCCUGUACUGAUGAGGGGGUGGUGCCUAGGGUGCCAGAAGUGCCUGUCUAUGACUGCUUCACACAGUUCCGGUGCAGUUAUGUCACAUGUCCUUCUCGCCUCACUCUUCUCAGUACCCAUGACGCAACUCUCUGAGCCUGCCCAAGUUAUAAGUAAAGUUAAUUAUACACUGUCAGACCUAAGUAGAUAUCAUAAACCACUGAUACAGCCAUCAGAGGUUUGCCACUGUGGGCUAUGCUUUGAAGAUCCAGUUGACUCAUAAAAGCUGGUACGCAUUUUAUAACCAAGAGGUGAGACUUUGUUUCAUAUUGAUCUGGUAAUAGUUGGCCUUAUUGUACUUAAGGGGUUAAAAAAAGAAGGAAAAAAAAACUGCUUUAAUGCUCUGCAAUAACUGUACUUAUAUGUAUUUAGCAUUGCUAUUCCUUGUCUGUGAUCUUAACCAACAUCAACUUUAUGUUCCUUUUUUAGAAUUUCAGUUUCGGUUAUUACCCCUUAUCAUGAGCCCUUAUAAAGCUUUGAGACCAUUUAAUUUUACAUUUCCUCUUCAAUAUCCUUUAUCAGUAUUAGCAGAUCCCAAUGCUAUAUUUCUGUUGACUUUGUUAUCACCAUUAUACACUUUAUUUCACAAGACAUUUGAGACUGAAGGGCAUAUGCCAAUACAAAGGGCAAUCCUUUGUUUUAAUUGUCUCCUGUAGUUUGUCUGCUGUAGUUUUUCAGCUAAAUACAGAUCUGAUGCAGUGUGUUACAUAAUGAAAUAAUUUACACAAUUUAUUUACUUUAGUACAUGAACUCAUUAAAGCACUUUGAUGUUUGAUAUAGAGAUUUGAAAAUGCAUUGGUUUGUUAGACGAAGCUAGCUUUCAUGUUCCCACGUUUGAUAUUUUUUCAAAAAAAUAUUCCGUGUGAUAACCAGAGCUGGGCUGCCAUGCUGAUUCUGAGAUUUGCGAUAUUAUCAGUGUACGUGGUCACUGAUAUUGCUUGUGUUUGCCCAUUUCUUAACUAAACUUAUUCAUUCACCACCAUCUCCCAGCUAUGAAUGAUAAAGAUUUUAAUAAUUAUCACUUUAUGAAACCCUCACAUAUUUGCAUGUACAAUUGAAAACUGGACUUAAAUCUUCAAUAUCUAAAUUUCUAGUGGCCUGACAACUUAAUUGUAAGGCAUCAAGUAAGCCAGGAUUGAUAUGUAAAUACUUGGCAUUACAACAUAUUAUGGUAUUAGGCUACAUGGAGAUGAACCCUGAUGCAGUAGCUUGCUCUUUCAUUUGGUAUAUAAUCUCAACAAAAACAAGUUUUUAAUGUAAAAUGCCAAGUUACUCAUGCAUACAAAGAACUGUCUAUAGGCCAUUCAAAACUUGCAAAGGCCUUCCAUUAAAAGUAUUAAUAUUAAAAUGAGGCCAAGUUACAACAAACAACAUUGGCUGUCCUAGCUCAAAAUAAACAAGCUCUAUUCCUAA